AUGUCAACACCAGUCACCCAUAGAAUCGAUGAUAGUACAUACGUGGAUAUUGAUUUAUUUACAACGACAAUUUCGCCAAUAGUUGCCAAUGUUUGUCAGAAUCAAACGCUCUCAUCUUCGGAAGAAAUCGAAAAUCGAAUUAACGUCGUUGUACCAUAUCUCGUUGUUUUAGGAAUUAUUGGAAACGGUUUAUCUAUACUGACGUUUUCUCAACGCAAAUUGCGAACAUUAUCCUGCGGUUGUUAUUUACUUCUACUUGCUAUAUCGGAUACGAUCGCACUAUUAAUUAUCUCGCGACCGUAUUUUUUCAAACAACUAAAUAUCGUUCAUCAUUUGAAUUCGAGCUUUCUCUGCGGAUUGCAUUUGUUUUUAACUCAAAUUUUUGAUGAAUUAACACCUUGGUUAUUAGUUUUUGUCGCGUGUAAUCGGCUUGUACUUUCACGGUAUCCCCGUAAUCAUAAUUGUUUUCAAACAUCACGUUCGGCAUUGUGGAGCACAUUAGUUUUAUUAAUCAUCAUAGUCUUCAUCAAUAUUCAUCUAUUAUUCGGCAUUGGAGUCGGCUAUUCACCGUCUCAACCUUGUAAAUCAGCUUGUGGUCCAUUAACAAAAUCGCCAACAUAUUUAUUUUUCUAUAAGAAUGUUAGUCCAAUUAUUGAUCUUUUGCUCAGUUUGAUCAUCCCAUUUUGUAUUGUCUUUAUUGCCAAUAUAUUCAUAUUAGCUAAUGUUCACCGAGUCAAACGACGUGUCAUACGCAUUCGACGUCGAAAACGAGCCAGUCGAAAUGCUCGUUUAAGUAUUGUACUUCUCGCCGAUCUGAUUACAUUUCUCAUUGUAAGUUUACCCGUUCUUCUAGUGGAAUGUAUAUAUCGUUUUACUCGAACACGUAUGCGAGAUGAACGGUUCGAGAACUACCUAUGGAUAGCAUGGUUAAUCGCAAGUAAAAUGAUUUAUUUGAAUUAUUCUUUAUCCUUUUACUUCUACGUGUUAACAUCAUCGUAUUUUCGCCAUCACUUUCUUCUUGCCAUCCGGUGUAAGAAACUUCAUGCGAUACUUUUUCGAAAGCCGAUUGGAAAAAAGUCGCAUCAGAGCUUUCCGUCAACAGAUUAUUUUUCUAAACAUCGCUCAAGUCACAUAUCCGGUUCAUCGAAGCUGAUGAACAAAACACAUGAAUUCAAUUUUCUCUUGCAACCUCAUCAGUCGGAAAUGUUGACACAUGUGUCAACGAUGAUCAAUGAUUCCAAUUUCAUUCACGAAAAUCGACGAACAUCAGAUGGGUUAUCUCAUGUUUAA